UUGGUGCUAAAGAUGGCCGGCGAUGGAGGCGCUCUGAAGGAUAUUAACGAGAUCAAGUCGCAGUUCCGCACCAGGGAAGGUUUCUACAAGCUGCUCACGCUCUCGGACUCGCAGCAGCGGGCCGGGUUAGCGCGCGGUCCCGGUGCUGGAGGUGCCUCAGCCGGUGCCGCCUCGAUACCGGGGGGCGGCGGCGGUGUGGUACCGGGACCCGGCGGCUCCUCUCCGGCUUCGGCGGGCUUCUUGCCUCCGGUGCGGGUCUCCAUGGUGAAGCUUCAGCCGGAAGACCCGAGCGAGGAGUCCGAGCGUGUGUGCUUCAACGUCGGCCGCGAGCUCUACUUCUACACGUACACCAAUAUUAAAAAGGCGGUGGAUCUAAGUAAGCCUAUAGAUAAACGAAUAUAUAAGGGAACGCAGCCCACGUGUCAUGACUUUAAUCAGUAUUCAGCGACUGCGGACAGCGUGGCUCUCAUUGUGGGCUUCUCAGCAGGCCAGGUGCAGUACCUGGACCCCAUCAAAAAAGAGACCAGCAAGCUCUUCAAUGAAGAGAGAUUAAUAGACAAAACAAAAGUGACCUGUCUCAAAUGGCUCCCUAAAUCUGAGAACUUAUUCCUGGCCUCCCAUGCUAGUGGUCACCUCUACCUCUAUAAUGUGGAGCACCCCUGUGGCACAACAGCGCCACAGUAUUCUCUGCUUCGUCAGGGUGAGGGUUUUGCUGUUUAUGCUUGCAAAACCAAAACGCCUCGCAAUCCACUUCUGAAAUGGGCAGUGGGGGAAGGUGGGCUGAAUGAAUUUGCUUUUUCGCCUGACGGUGUGCACAUAGCUUGUGUCGGCCAAGAUGGCUGCCUACGUGUCUUUCAUUUUGAUUCAAUGGAGCUGCAUGGUGUCAUGAAGAGCUACUUUGGUGGCUUGCUCUGCGUUUCUUGGAGUCCAGAUGGGAAAUAUCUGGCUACUGGUGGAGAAGACGACUUGGUCACUGUUUGGUCAUUUGCAGAGAGUCGUGUGGUGGCACGAGGUCAUGGCCACAAGUCCUGGGUCAAUGUGGUGGCAUUUGACCCCUUUACAACCAGCUUAGAAGAAGAGGAACCAAUGGAGCUUAGCGGUAGUGAGGAGGAUCUCCACCAGGGUCAGGGGUCAUUAAAUUUUGGUCGUGUGCGAACCAGCAGCACUUUGUCCCGUCUCUCUCGACACAGUUCUAAAGGUGGUGGGCCAUCUGUCUCAUACCGCUUUGGAUCGGUGGGACAAGAUACCCAGUUUUGCCUCUGGGAUCUCACAGAUGAUGUCCUGUAUCCUCGACUUCCCCUUUCCCGUGCCCUCACCAACACUUUCGGCUCCAAUGCGCCACCUUCCAUUAGUGCAGGAUUGAAUAGCACGAGCGGAAGUGGAGGGGUUGAAGGUCACCAUCACCCUUCCAACACCCACCAGACAGCAUCAUUGCCCCUUCCUCUACCUCGCUCUCUCUCAAGGUCCAAUUCCCUUCCGCACCCUGCUGUUGCAAAUGCUUCAAAAGGCCAAGGGGGGACAGAUAGUGGAGGGACGGCAGGAAGCGGAGGAGGAAGCAGUGCUCCCUUUAGCAUUGGACGUUUUGCAACACUGUCGCUCCAAGAGCGCAAAUCAGACAAAUCCGCCACUGGAGGAGAAAAGGAGCACAAGCGUUACCACAGUCUUGGGAAUAUCAGCAAGAGCAACGACAAGAUCAAUGUAGCGCCGCGUAGCAACCGACUAGAUGCCUCUAAGGUGCUAGGAACAACAUUGUGUCCACGGAUGAACGAAGUCCCUUUGCUAGAACCUCUUGUUUGUAAGAAGAUUGCUCAUGAGAGGCUCACAGUUCUUGUCUUCAUGGACGAUUGCAUAAUCACUGCAUGCCAAGAGGGGCUCAUCUGCACCUGGGCAAGGCCGGGCAAAAUGCAUUCUUCUCAACCAUUAUCGACACAAAACGGAAACUCACCCAGUGGAACGGUGGUAUAGCUGGCAGCAAAGCUUUUUCACAGUCAACUGCACUGACACUUCCUGCUUCCUGUUUUCAGAGGCUUCACUUCCUAUCCUUGAGGCCUAGAGUUGGUCUGGCAGAGUGUUACCAAUGUUAUAACCCUGUCUCAUUUUCAUAACCACACAAACAUAAAACACACACAUGCAGCUUAUGUAAAGACAAAUAUACAAAGACGGUGACGCACACCACACAAGUGUAGAUACUCUUAUCUUCCAUAUCAGCUUCUCGAUACGUUCCUUUCACUUUUCCUAUGAUGGAAAGGAGACUGAGACAUUCCUUCCAUCACCCCACCCCCUCUACCAAAAGGGGACGGGGGGGGGGAACACUGCAGAUGCCACGGCCAUUGUAUCUUAUUUAUUUAUUUUAUCAUUGAAACUGUAGUAAUUUAUAUUGUACAUAUUCAAAAUACUCUAUAAAGGCAGAGGACGAAAUGUAUUGAAAUAACAAACUCAAAUAAUUAAUAUAUGAAAAUCCUAUAUUGUACAUAGUUAUGUUUGAAUGUCAUGUUUGUGAAACGUAGGGGAUCUAAAGAUUUAGCGUUUCUGUAUGCUAGUGCUCCCUAUGCUGUUCAGGCCAACGAUUGGGAUUUGAUGAAGUAGCUGCAUUCCUUUUAGCCUGAACUGGUUUCCUGGCUCUUACCGAACAUAGUCCUAAAGAGAUACACGUCCAACAAGGUCGACAUACCGAGCUAAAAUGCUACUAGCUUAAGUUUGCUAAAUAGCUGAAGCAAGAAUGAGACAUUAUUCACAAGCUUUCUCAAAUCUAAGCUUUCUCGAUAUUGCUGACUCCAGUUAUUGGAAUCAUUUUAUUCCAUCAGUGAAUUAAACUAGGCUUUGCAAAUUAACACAAGAUAAUUUGCCAGCUAGUUAAGCUAGCUAGCCUAAGAAAGAUAUUUGUCACUGUAGUUGAGUAACAUAUAUAGAACUAUUGUAGCAUCUACUAGGCAGCAUUUUUCUUACCUGCUAUGCCUCUUGCAAUAUUUUGCACAAAUGAACAGUUUUGAUUUUUAGCCCAUUAAACAAGCACAGAUGGUUUUCCAGAAGGUUGAAUGGUUGAGCUAGCGAACUGUGUGUGUGUGUGAGGGGGGUGAUUUCGAUUUUGAGAAAUGUAGAGCUGUAUUACUGAUUUUGGAUUAAUGUAACUCGGACUGUGGUGGUUUUCCUGUCAUCAUUCGUAUAGAGUGUGUUUUUCUUGAGAGCUCACGUGUUGAGAUAACUAGCUGUCUUGAUUAUGUUUGUAAUGUUUUUGUAUAACGGUGAGGUUUAUAUGUUGAUGUUUAAGGUAUUGAUUAAGCUGUGUUCAUUUAUAAGGUUUUGCUCAUUACUUUUUUUCAACGCAUGACUGAAGAAAAACUACCGAACUAGCCAGCCAUUUGUUCUUAGCUUAGCUAGGCAGCAGAACAGCUCUAUAGGGAGGACCACCACAGUCACCAGAACAGCUGUUGAGCUAGGUUAUGUGAUUAAUGAAACAUCAAAAAAUCAGCACUUCUCUUGGCUAGCAGGUUUCUCUGCAUUUGAAUGCCGUUUAAUAAGCCUUCAUCACCUUCCCUUGCCCUGUGUGUCGUCCUGUGUGUGAAUAUUGAGUUUAUAGUGGGAAGUGUAAUUAAAAUGGACGACGUUCGACAUUGACUGCGAAUGUAGUGUGGAUGAAAUGAUUUGCUGGGGGUUUUAUGCACUCUGUGUAUCCUUUAGCAUACUAACUAGCUAACACGGUGAAGCUCCAUCAGCUUUGCUUUUUACAUUUGCGAUUUUACCAAUUUGUCCGUCAUUUGGAUUGAACUCCAUUAGCUGACAUGCCAACCUUCAGCAGUCGUCUUUUCCUCCCCUGAUAAUGCCAAUCGAUAUCUGAAUAUCAGAAUAUGAAGUGACUGACAAUCAUGUAGGUGAUUUAAACUGAGACACCUAAUAUUUUGGUUGGCUGGCUCUUCUUGACUGCAAGAAAUUUCUAGUAUGUUCCCGCUUGAAAGAUUCAACACCCUCAAACAUUUACGAGAUCGAGCAGUGGAGGUUAAAGAAGUAUAUAGCUAACAUCUGCAAAGUAUAGUUAUUAGCGAUGUACUGAAAUGUGGCCAGAAAACAAAGCUAUUGAUAAACAGGAAUAAAUGUUGCACGUGUGGGACCAUUUCACGGUUUUGAGAAGAGAUGCUAGACAAGUGAUUUGUGAAGGCAAAAGUCUUGAAAAAUUUACUGAUCUGCAUUCCCCAGGCUAUUCCACUUUUACAGUUGGCAGAUCUGCAUCAGAAACUAAGCUUAGUUUACGUUGACACAAGUCAACUAGCAGUAACCGAGAGGCUCUUGAGACAACAUCAGAUGCAACGAUAGAGAAACGGAAAGAAGGUGUCGAAGGUGUGUUUAAAACUAGUUCUUGAAUGCAGGAUUAUUAUUUUUUCUUUGUUUAUUUGUUUUUGUUGCCCAAGCUACAUUUAGCUACUGAAGCAAAGUGUACAUUUUUUCCUGUAUCUGUUAUCAUUCCUACCUGCUGAAGAGAUGCGUUUUUCCAAUGUGACCACAUGUUUUAAUCCUUGAGUUACAUUCUGUACUUCUUUAUCCCUAUAUAUACAUAUAUAUAUAUAUA